CCCCAAAAUCUUGCAUCGCUCCCUUACUCCGCAAAAAAGCAAUCAUCUCCAUAUAUUUUAUUAUAUAUUAACCAGAAGCUCUGAUUCUGCAAGCCUAUUAUGGCUGAGCAUCAACAAUCACCGGUUGUUAGUCACCGCCCACGGGUCAACCAACUGGUGAAGGCUGGAACCGCCGCCACAGCUGGUAGCAGUCUCCUAUUUCUUUCUGGUUUGACCCUCACUGGUACGGUUAUUGCACUCGCACUGGCCACUCCGUUGAUGGUCCUUUUCAGCCCAGUGCUUCUUCCUGCUGUGAUCAUAAUUAGUCUUAUUGGCGCUGGGUUCUUGACUUCUGGCGGUUUCGGCUUCGGAGCAAUUCUCGUCCUGUCAUGGAUCUAUAGGUAUGUUACAGGAAAGCAGCCACCAGGAGCGGAGAGCUUGGACCAGGCUCGCUUGAAGCUAGCUGGGAAGGCAAGGGAGAUGAAGGACAGGGCUGAGCAGUUUGGACAGCAUGUAACCGGUCAGCAGACUUCCUAGACAGUGCUUCCAUUUCAUGCUUGAUGGAUAUAAAAUGGCUUUGAUAUAGAUUUGUCUUGGUUCAAAAGGCCAUCGCUUGUCUAGUGUUUCUAUUUUCGGUUCUUUGUUGGUUGAUCUUCUUGUUAAUGAGUCUUUUGUGAGUGCUUUAUAGUAAUAAUAAUAAUAAUAAUUUCUUUUUUCUGAA